AAGAAUCAGUUGAUUUUAUACAUUCGUCUGAAGUGGUUCAAGACUAUUAAAAUGUCCAAGCUUCUAACUUAUUUGAUAAAAGUACUUUAUGUAUUAUUUCUGUGUGGACCCAAUAUAAGCUCCGCAAACAGUGACCGUUCCGUAUGUCUUUUAGAAGAUCCUCCGAAGCAAUGUGGGGAAUUCUGCCUGACUGCACUAAUGCCAUUGAUCAACCACAUUGCCCUGCACCAGGAUCAAUGGAAAACCUGCGAUAAUGUGAAACUAAACGAAACCCAGGCUAAAUUGCAACGAAUCGAGGCCCAACAAACAGCAUUAAAGGAUCAGAUUGAACGCCAGGAAUCAACACUGACGGAAUCUUUGAAAAAGAUGAUUGCAGAGGACCGACAAGUAUUUCAGGACAGGAUUAAGGGUCAACUAGAAGCGAUACAAAUGAAGAUGGAGGGUCAACUAUCUGCCAUACAGGAAACUCUGACUAGCAUUAAUGUUUCUCUGAACACAAUGAAAGUGAUAAAAAAUAUUCCGCCCAUGUUCGAGCUAAUCGGAUCCAGAUAUUUCUACAUUGAACGUACGCUAACACAACCUUGGGCUAGUGCUAUAAACACCUGCAAGCAGAAGGGUGGCCAGUUGGCCUCCAUAAAAAGUGAGAGUGAAUUCGACGCCAUUAGUGCAAAACUAGAUCAGGGAACUAGCUUUUUGCUGGAUAUCAACGAUCGGUCUCAAGAGGGCGAGUUCUUAUCUGAGAUUACCGGAAAGAGAGCUCCCUUCUUGAAGUGGAAGCCAGGGGAACCCAAAUACAACAACAGGAAUCAGCAUUGCGUCACCAUCCAUAAUGGUGCCAUGUGGGUUGACGGAUGUUCCUCAUCCCACAAUUUUAUAUGCCAGGCAAUUGAAUAACAAAAUAUGAAGAAAUUCCAAAAUAAUUUCAACAUUCUAUUCACUUUACUAAAACACUUAUGGUUGAAUGUUAAUUAUAAUUAUUAAUAUCGUUAUCUCCAAAUUUGUGAUUAUUUAUAAUCAAAAGAACCAAAUUAUAUAUAAUAUAUAACCAGAUAUUUAAAUUAUAUUCAAAUAUAAAAGGCAUAUCCGCUAUAAAAGAGGUCUGUUGAAAUAAAAAUAUUCUUAUAAGCAGUAAAGUAGAUUUCACUUACUAUAAAGAGAAUAACAGAUAAACAAUGGGGCGUAAUUACUGUAAAUAAGAAAAUAAAAAUGUUUAUAAAUAAAAGAGCAUGUACAUACAGAUAA